GUCAUGUCAUGAGGGGACUGCGCAACAGCGUGUUCACGCGCUCAGCUGGGCCGACCAAGUCACCUCACUAAAUACCUGUACCUAGUAGUCACAAUAUAGUCCCAAGGCUCGGGACGUUGCGAUGUAACAUUGGAGCAAUAAUCACGACCGGGGUGAUAGGCACGGCCAUCGCAUAUCGCUUCUUCUCUCCGCCGAGAUGUUCUUGCGACCGAACGACAUUCUCCCGAUGCACCUGUCUGGACUCUGGAGGUGGACAACUGGUGGGCGGACUUCGUUUUCUCGCAUUACAUUACAUUGGGCAACAUCAAUGAGAAAUUGAGCGCCUGGAUCCAUCCCCUCGCUAUGAAGCAGAGUCUCGUGGCUGCAGUAGUGCAUCUGCCACUGCUGGCAUUGGCCUCGGCAGGAGUAGAGACACCUCAAGGGCACUCUGUGCCUGUUUCUCUCGUUGAGCACUUCAAUAACAAAGCCUUUGGAUCAUAUCCAGGCGAGGCCGCACUGAACAUCCUCAACCAGUCUUAUCCCGCGGACCCGGUUGCUGUAGAUGGAUUUUAUACAUCUCGAUCAACAGGAAUAUCAUACCUUUUUCCUGGAUACAACCCCGAUCCGGGAGCUGCAGAUAAUGUCAUCUGUGAUGGACAGGUCAUUGACAUCGACCCUUCAGAAGACUAUAUCUCAGUUUCGUUUCUGGCCGUCUCGGACGUUAGAUCUACUACUGUCUCGGGAAACGUCACGCUGCUGUUCACAGACAAUACGACAUCACAGUAUGAGCUCCGAGCCCAUGCCUUUUGGUGGUUCUUGGCAAUCCGUCGCGGCGAAAUCACGUAUCCGUACUACUUCACCCAUAAUGACACAAACCACAAUGCGUCAGAGAUCUACGAGAGGCAUGCUUUUGUGGAGACAGGCAAGAGUCUUCGUGGGCUCGUGCUACCUGAAACCACGAACACGACCACCGGAAGGCUCCAUGUCUUCGCAAUAUCGUUGUGGAAAGCAGGCGGCUCCGGUAUCGAAGUGCAGGCCAUGAGACCAACCCAGAAGUUCGAUUCGCAGGGCUCGCAGAUUGUCGAGGUUAUUAUAAACCACAGAGGUCCUUCAUGCGUCUCCAAUAUCGAGGUCUCCCUUGAUGCUUCUGGGCGUGGCAUGUCUGGGUCUACCGUGGUGAGGCGGUUCUGUCCCGGCGAACAGAAAAUAGUCAAUUUAGCGGUGCAUGGACAAAGCCAAGGUGAUGUCACAAUCACAUUGAGCGUUCCCGGAUCUCAGCCCGUCUGUCGAGUGUUUCCAAAUAUCAAGAUCAGUCUCGAAGACUGGGAAGCGAAAUCCACGAGUCUGAUCCAGCACGAAACUCCCGAAUGGUAUAACGGGGCAAAGUUUGGUAUAUUCAUCCACUGGGGCCCGUAUGCUGUUCCAAGUUGGGGAAACUCGACGCCAACCGAGUGUUAUGCGGAGUGGUUCUGGUGGUACUCUACUCGAGUGGGUGAUCACGCGGCAGCCGAUAGGUGUGGAUUCAAUGCUUAUCGCUUGCGCACGUAUGGUCCAGACUUGCUCUAUGACGACUUUUUCGACAACUACACAGCGUCAAAGUUCGACCCAAAAAGCUGGGUGGAUCUUUUCGCAGCUGCUGCCGCUCAGUAUUUUGUGUUUACCACCAAGCACCACGACGGCUUUGCCAACUUUGAUGCGGGACAUACGACGAAUCGUUCUGCAAUCCACUACGGACCAAGACGCGACCUGCUGGGAUUGCUUUUUGAGGCUGCAGAGCAGUACCAGCCACAUCUCAAGCGAGGAACCUAUUACUCCAUACCCGAAUGGUUCAACCCUGACUGGGGCAAGUAUGGCUUUACACAAUACGGCGAUAGAGUCACAUCAACAUCACAUCCUGGCAUCAUCGCUCGCAAUCCGUAUACGGGACAGACUGAACCGUACACUGGGCGGGUGCCUAUUGGUGACUACAUCACUGAUCUUCUCGUGCCGCAGAUGGAAAUACUCGCGUACCAGUACAAAUCGGAUAUCAUGUGGUGCGAUGCUGGCGCUUCGAAUGGGACCGACGUUUUCGCAGCAAGUUGGUUCAAUUGGGCCAAAGCUCAGGCACGUCAAGUGACCAUCAACGAUCGCUGUGGCAGUCCGUGGGCUGCGGACUUUGACACGCCAGAGUAUCAGACUUUUAGCACAGCACAGCAGCGCAAGUGGGAAAGUAAUCGAGGCAUGGAUCCCUUCAGCUAUGGCUACAACCGCGCGACUGCUCCGGAAAGUUAUGCCAACGCCUCUUCCAUCGUGAUGCAGUUGGUGGACAUGGUCAGCAAGGGAGGGAAUUUAUUGCUCAAUAUUGGACCCAAAGCUGAUGGCAGUAUUGAUGAAACUAUGGUGAACAAUCUUCUCGAAGCUGGAGCUUGGAUUCAUGCGCAUGGUGAAGCCAUUUUCAAUACCACAUACUGGUCGGUGACUCCCGAGGAAGGGAAGCUGAGAUUCACACAAACCAACGACGCGUUCUACAUCAUCUGUCUCUCGACGCCCGUCUUUGGCAGUCAGCUGGUGGUGAAGUCUCCAAUUCCAGUCCAAUCUGGUGAUACGGUCACUGCGAUCACGAUGAGUGGAGAGAUAGGUGUGAAAUGGGGCUGGCUGCGGGAUGAUGCUGCUGGUGAGAACCACUUCUUCAUUGAAGUUCCGGAAGCCACGGUAAUUCCAGAUAUGUUCUGUUGGGUGUUCAAAGUGCAGUAUGGAGGCUAGUCGGACUUGCUGAUUGUAGAGUCUGACGUGAGCUCGCCGCAGCCAACGAGGUAUCGAGUAGUAAGUGAUAUAUCGCAGAAAGAUUAGGUACUGCUGCGUAACCAGCGACUCGUGAGCUACAUAGCCUUCUCCUCACAGCCCAUGAGUGCGUUCCAGCUCGCGGUUUACUCGAGCGGCACUUCUGUCUCGAUCCCCCCCCUUCGUGCAGUUCCUGCUUAUCAAGUGCCAUUCCGCCUCAUCACAAGUCUUCGAUCCCGAAGCAACCGUUGCAUGCGAU